UUUCAGUUUUGUUUUGUUAGGCCAAGGUGCUGCAGCAGCCGUCGCAACCGUAGCGAUGAGGCAUGCCCCUGUCAAAGCCACAACGUUUAAGCCACAACAAUAAUAGCGAUAAUUGCACACACAUUUCUGCCUUAUUUUUGGAACACCGAGACGGCGGAGACGGAGACGGCAAGCAGAAUGUCCCAUUUGCUGAGGCGCACCAAAAAGUCCUGCCUGAAGUUGCUUCGCAAGAUAUCCACUUCAAGGCAGCUCUUUGUGCAGCGCCUGGACGAGGAGGAUGGCGAUGAUGAGGAUGAGAUGGAGCCGUCCGAUGGAGAGACGUAUCCGCAGAAGGAUGUGAACAGCAAUUGCCACACAGCGGAGGCCAUCUACGAGGAGCUGCAGCUGAACGAGUGUAGUCCCAAACCCGAGCAACACCAACACCAACACCAACAACACCAAACGCAACCAAAAGCCGUCCAACACUUUGAGUAUGCCAGCGAGGCAGAGGAGGAGAAGCAGCCGCAGCCGCAGCUCCACUAUCCGGAGACCAAGCUAGACCUGAGGAGCAGGUACUUGCUCAGCUCGAGCAACUAUGAGGUACUCGAGUCCACCCCCGUCCCAGACUCUGGCAUCGAGUUCGAGCGAGUGCCCUACAGGGAAAACGUGCGAUAUCUGCGGCACACCCCGUCCAACUCCAGUCUGGAUCUGCAUCUGCAGGUGGAGGAGCAGCAGAAGCAGCCGCAGCCCCAACCCAAACAGAAGCCGCAGCAGCCGCAACAGAUGCCGACUGCGGCCAGGUUCCAUCCGUGCAGCAUCAGCCUGGGAUCGAAGAUCGAAGGAAACUACCACAACGUUGUGAUCAUGGAGCCGCCGCACGAUGAUUACCCCAUUGUCAAGUGGGACAUCAAUGGCAACUCAAUGGACGACGAGAGCAUCGAUCGUUGGCAGCUGUCCACCCACUGGGAUGACUUUGAUAGUCGGUGGCGCAAGGCGGCGACCGGUCCCUCCCACUUCCGAUCCCGAUCCCGAUCCCAGUCGCAGUCACAGAGGUCGAGCCACCAAUCGAGCUCCUGCACCCUGGAAACGUGGAUCGAUGAAGCGGAGCCGCUCAGCCUGGGGCCCUUCGUCGACGAAAAUCCCCAAGUGAACGCUGGAACGCACAGUAGUCUUUGCCUUAAGAGCUUCUAGAUUCGGAAUUCGGAAUUCGGAAUUCGGUGGCCUUUGACUUUGACCUCCGCCCGAAUGAAAUUAGAUGUAACCAGAUAUGUGAGAAAUACCUAACCAGAUACUUAUGUACUUAUGUUUGUAGCCGAGCCAAUACUCGUAUUGUAUAUGGUGGACCGCAAUUUUCAUUAUAGAAAGUUGCUGCCAGAAAUCCAUUAAAAUAAAGUGUUUGCGACGCUCCUUUGGCUCCAUACCUUGAAUGCA